AUGCCCCGAAUUGACCUCAUGCGCGGCGAGACGGCGCGCGCCGUGGCGGAGGCGGGCGGGCUUUACCUCGUCCCAAGCUCAAAUGCGACGGGCUAUCUUGGCGUCACGAGGGAUCCCGCCUGCAGGUCCCGGUUCCGGGCCGAAGUCACCAUCGAUAGGAAGCGCAAGUGCCUCGGGAGCUUCAGCUCGGCGGCGGAGGCGGCGCUGGCCUACGCGCGUGCACGCCAUCAGGGCCCGGAAAAGAGCAAGGACUUGGCCCAAAAGUUUGCCGAGCGAUCCGGCGAAAAAACGGGACUAAAGCGUAAGAGCCCCCAGAAGCCCCGGCGCAAUGGCGGCCCUCCCAAGGCGGCGGAAGCGAAGUCAAGUGCGGAGGAGCCCGCGGCGCGCAGCAGCGCCGUUCGCACCACCAUGCCCCGACGCCAGUACUCCUGCGACGAGGUUCGUCUGAGGCUCGACGGGUCGGGGAUCACCGAGAGCGUCAACUUCACCCCGCCAACCGGGGCAAAGCGUUGCCGGGUCCUGAUUCUCUACUCGUGA